GUCAACUUUUCUCCGGCUGGAGUGUUUUGCCUGACAUCUCCAUGAGUCCAUCAUGCUACUAUCACUACAAUUUCUGUUGUGCUCGUUGUUGUUGAGGGGGGUUUUUGGCGAGGACACAACUACAGAUACAACAGUUACAACAGAUUCGACAGAUGCGACAACACCAACCAGUAGCACUACAUCGGGUGCUUAUAUCGUCGUGGAAUCAGAAACAGUGGUCGCGAUUCCAACCGGCGACUACCUCAGCUAUACCACGACCAGCACGGUCUCGCCCGAAGAUGGUGGCACCACGCCUACUCCCAGCGCAAGUGACACAGCGACGACGACAGAGGUGGUGGUUACUGGGACUGGUUCGGUCAAUGGCACGGCUACGACCUCAUCUGGUGCGGCCAACACGCAAGCUUGCAAUGGAUAUACCGAGUUUUGUGAGAGGAAAUAUUCAAAUAUCACCAUGGUGACGGCGCAUAAUAGUCCGUUUGCGAAGAAGAAUAACAUCGCGUCGAAUCAGAAUUAUGAUGUGACGACGCAGCUGAACGACGGGGUGCGAAUGCUAUCAUUCGAGGCACAUUAUUAUAAAGAUGACAUCUACCUCUGCCACAGCUCCUGUUCCCUACUCAACAUGGGAACACUAGAAUCCUAUCUAACCACCGUCACCAACUGGAUGGAAGACAAUCCCUUCGAGGUGGUAACCAUCCUAAUCGUCAACUCCGACUACGUUUCCCCCUCCAACUUCACAUCCGCAAUCGAGAAUUCAGGUCUCAAAGACUACGCCUACGAACCGUGGAAGGUCCCCAUGAGCCGCGACGACUGGCCCACCUUAUCCAACAUGAUCGUGAACGGUAAACGCGCCGUCGUUUUUAUGGACUAUCAAGCCGACCAGUCCGAUAUCCCGUAUAUCCUGGAUGAAUUCACCCAGAUGUGGGAAACGCCGUUUUCGCCAUUAAACACGUCUUUUCCGUGUACGAGGGAACGACCACCUGGUAUUAGCGAUGCACAGGCGGACGAGCGGAUGUAUAUGAUUAAUCAUAACCUGAAUGUGGAAAUUGUGCUGGAUAGCGUUGAUAUUCUCAUCCCGAAUUCUGUAAAGAUUAAUGUGACAAAUGCGUACUCGGGGUAUGGGAGUUUGGGGUUGAUGGCGAAUAAUUGCCUUGCACAAUGGGAUCGAGCACCAAACUUCUUAUUGGUGGAUUACUAUGACCAGGGCAGCUCCCCAGGAUCAGUUUUUCAAGUUGCCGCGGAGAUGAACAACGUCACGUAUAACGGCGAUUGCUGCGGAACGUCAACUAGUUUUGCAGGGAGGGUAGUAGAUCGACUCUCUGGGAUUGCGCUUUACGGCGUUUCUAUCAUGACUGUUUUUACUUUGUAUAUAUUCUAGACUUAUGUGUUCAUGAACGACAGCGUUGAUAUUUAUGUACUCAUGUAUUCUCGAAGCGAAAACCACCACCAUCAUGGCUAUAUAAGAACAAUAUUGUGCUCUUUCGAUGAAUAUUCGAAGCCCAUCCCAGUGCCUGAGGAAAACUAACUCGCUGAUUUUGGUGUUGAAGCAGCCUUUGUUAAGCGAGGUACACCGCAUAUUAUUGGAUGGUAUGCAAGUUAAAAUAGUCUCAAAUGAACAAGACUUACUAGCUAGCAAUUCUACCAACAUUGUAAAUAUACCAAUUGCCCUUAUGAGGUGCAAAAAUGAUGG